AUGCCUUCGAAGAUGCGCCUUGAUGCCAGCCUGGUCGCGGGUCUGGCCGCCUUCGCUGGCGUUGCCGAUGCCUUCUGGCGUCUUCCUUGCCAGGGCCGAAGCGGUCUUGCUAGAAUGGACCCUUUGAUGGACCCCGGCGAGCCUUCGUACCACGUCCACACUGUUCAUGGAUCGAAUGGGUUUUCCAUGACUGCGGAAAGGUCGACCCUCCUUGAGGGAACCUGCACGUCGUGUGCCGUCAGGCAGGACAAGUCAGCCUACUGGGCCCCUGGCCUGUACUUCGUUGACAAAGAGACCGGCGACUCUGAACUCGUGGACGAAGUCGGAGGCUUGCUCGCGUACUACUUGAUAACUGGAGAGAAUGUUCAACCGUUCCCCGAGGGAUUCCGUAUGAUUGCUGGCGACCCAUUCCGUCGAAACUUCACCUUGCCCGUCCCCGACCCGCCGAAGUCUGAAUGGACCGGAGAUGCUAUUUCGCAGAACUCCCUUGAGCAGAAGGCUCUUGGGUUCAACUGCAUGAACUACGCCGGAAAAGCCGAGGAUUCUCUCACCCGUCACCACUUGCCUGAGAAGAAAUGGCUUGAUGAGAACUGCCCUAACGGUAUUCGUUUCGAACUGAUGUUCCCCUCGUGCUGGAACGGCAAGGACAAGGAUGCCGACGACCACAAAUCCCAUAUGGCCUACCCCUCGCUGGUCAACGAUGGUGUUUGCCCAGAGGGCUUUGAGCACCGUACUCUCUCUAUGAUGUUUGAAACUAUCUGGAACACCUAUGCGUUCAAGGACCGUGACGGCUACUUUGCUCUUUCCACUGGUGACCCCACCGGAUACGGCUACCACGGCGACUUCAUGGAGGGUUGGGAAGAUGGUGUCCUGGAGGAGGCCACCAAAAAAUGCACAAACCCUUCUGGCUUGAUCGAGGAUUGCCCCAUUUUUGAUAUCCAAUCCGAGAUCGAGCAAAACCUUUGCUCCUUCGACAUUCCCGAACUCCUCAAAUCCGAGGAACUCAAGAAGGUCAAGGGUGGCCUUCCUAACAAACUGAAGGUCACAUGGGGCCCCGAGCGUGCCUUCCCUAUCGAGUACACUGAUGGCCACGACGACUCCGGUUCCUCGUCUUCGAGCUCCGCCGCUCCGUCAAGCACCGAUUCGGGCAUCAGUCUUUCGCUACCCGGCGUGGGAGACCUCGGAAACGUGUUUGCCGCCGACCCUCAGACCUCAUCCAGCUCAACCACCGAGGUGCCAGCACCGACCUCGACCUCGACCUCGACCUCGACCUCAACCUCGACUUCCACCUCGACUUCGACCCCGACUCCUACGCCUAGCACCUCUUACAUUGAAAACCCCGUCACCCAAGAGAUCGUCUGGGUUGAGGAGGCAAUUGUUGUCCUGGUUGACGAGAAUGACAAGCCCCUCAAGACUGAGACCCGUCCCGUGGAAGUCGUUUCCACCGACUACAAAACUGUCACUCGGACCUCUUCAACCGUUGUGCAGGUCCUCCCAACUGAAACGGCCGCCCAACAGCCGGCCAAGCGUCAACACGACCACCUCGAGGCUCACAAGCGCCACAGCCAUGGCCACGGGCACUAA